AUGUCUUUUUUAAAGAAAUUAUUCUCAAAGCCAGCAAAAGAUAAAGAAAAUCAAUCAGUGUAACAUAAUAUCAAUCAAAUUUAUAAUACAUAACCAUUCUAAAGGAAAUCUAAUCCAAUCUAUAAUUACAAUGGGAUACAUCGUAUUGAAUAAUUUGAAAUAAUUCUUGAAUAACAGAUAAUUGAUCUUGAAUAAUUAAAGUAAUUGACUUGGAGAGGAGCACCAUAAGGUAAUUAAAUAGAAUUAUAGAAGUAUAUAGAGCAAAAGUAUGGAAACUUAUAUUAAAAUACAUUCCUCCUAAUCAUAUGAGUUAAACAAGUGUUAUUUAUAAGAAAAGAUAAGAUUAUAUUUAAUAUAUUAAAAACUAUUAUGAGUAAAUUAAUGAAAGAGAUGAUGGUGAAGAAAAAAUAAUAAAAAUUAUAUCAAAUGAUGUAUUAAGAACUUAACCAGAUUUUAAAUUAUUUAGAGACCCUAAAAUAUAAAACCUUUUUAAAAGAUUACUUUUUAUAUGGAGUUAGAGACAUCCAAUGAGUGGGUAUAUAAUGAUAUAAUAAAUUAGUUAUGUAUAAGGAAUAAAUGAUAUUGCAUCACCAUUAAUUGCUGUGUUUUUAAAUGAAUAUGUUAGAGUAGAUUUCAAUAAAUUUGAUUUACCAUCAGAUUUUAAUAAACUUCCAGAUGAUAUAUUACUUGAUAUUGAAGCUGAUAUCUAUUGGUGUCUCUGUAAAAUCAUAGACAAUAUCCAAGACUAUUUCAUAUAAAAUUAACCUGGUGUAUCAUUAGCUUAUCAAAAAAUUAAAAGCAUUAUAAGUACAGUAAGUUAUGUAAGCAUAUGCAGAUCGAUCCAUCAAUUUUAGAUUAUUUCAAUACUUAACAAAUUGAUUUUAAUCAUUUUGCCUUCAGAUGGGUAAUCUGUUUACUUGUUAGAGAAUUCCCUCUCUAUCUAGCCAUCAGAUUAAUGGAUACUUAUUUAUCAGAAGGAGAUAAUAUGGCCAAUCUUCAUAUAUAUACAGUUUCCAAUCUAAUUCUUAAAUGUGCACCUGAAGUAUAUACUUUGCUUUCAUUUUAGAUUCAAAAUAAAAAUAUGGGUGAAGCCGUCAUCUUUUUAUAAAAUCUUCCCACUAAAGAUUGGACUGAAUUAGAUAUUGAAAUGCUCUUAUAAGAAGCAUAUGUUUUUAAAGAGCAUUUAAACAAUAAACAAAAUCUUAAUCAAUCCAUUACCCCCACUUAAUCAAAUCGAAUUUCCAAUAAAUGAAGAUAAAUUCUCUUUAUUAAAUUUAAUUAACGAAAAUUAUAUCUA